AUGCUCGAGUGAUCAUCGCGAGAUUGUUUACAGUCUGACAAUGUUCCACUGUGUGUGAGCUUGACCACAAAACUGGACACAAUGGCGAACGAAGAAAAUGAUGAAAGUUGGAAUUUAAAAUUACGACAGGAUACUGAGCAAGAAUUUUUUACGGAACUUGCGCUGCACGAAGCUGAACGAUGGAUACAGGCUGUGACAAGAAAGAAAUUCCAAUACCCAGAUGAUUUUAGGAAAUCCUUAGAGAAUGGGGUACUGUUGUGUGAGUUGUUGAACAAUUUAAAGACAGGGUCAGUUAAAAGGAUCAACAAGCUGCCCACACCAUUGGCUGGAUUGGACAAUAUUAAUGUAUUUCUCAAUGCUUGUAAGAAAAACUUUGGACUGAAAGAGAAUCAGCUGUUUGACCCCUGUGACCUUGAAGAUUUAUCCCAGAGAGCCAUAUCACAAAGUGAACACUCAUUGCAGCAAGAAGUUGGAAGAAGAAAUACUAACGUUGCUAUUACAAUUUAUUGGCUUGGAAGGAUAGUCGAGACCACUUGCAGUGGACCACAUUUGGAUCAGUCAGCAUUUUCCGCCCUUGUUAAUAUUCAUAGAAAGGAUAUUUUAUCAGACAAACCUGCCCAACAUGAUUCUUUUGAAUGUAGUGGAUAUUCAAGUGCAUAUAGUUCACAUGACGGAAAAGAAGGACCGAGUGAUUCUAUAGACAGAAAACACAAUCGCGAUAGUUCAUAUGAUUCUUUUGGAUCUUACGGUCAUUCUCGCGAAUCUAGUUUAACAGAAGAACUGAACAUGCCUGUGGGAUCAGACAUGCGUCGCUAUGGGAGCACUUCUUCCCUGAACAGAAGUGGGGAAUUAAGAUUGUCCUCAAAUUUAGAAACAUCAUAUGAUGGAUUUCAUCAAAGUACCCCUGACUUAACAAAUGCCCAUACAAGGACUUCAUCAGUGGACAGCUAUGACGAUUCACAUGGGAAUCAUUCAAGGCAAUCGUCUGAUAGUGUUGAUAUCCCUACUAGAACAAUUAAAACUCAACGGAGGGUUAGCCAACCAGAUGAUCCGUUAAAAUUUAUAAAAUUAAAACCAUCGAAAGAUUUAGCAAAACAAGCAGUAGAACAGAUUACAAUGGUUAAGGAGGUUAAACAAGUUAGAAAGACAAUAGAAAGAGAUGAGGAAGAUUGGCAGUCAAAUUUAUCAAGUUGGAAGAACAGAAGACGGAGAGUUUCUGCUGCUACCAUAGAAAGAGUUGAAGGUGCAGAUGAUAUGAAUAAAAGUGAAGAAGAAAAGAAAAAGCCGCCAAAGACCUACGAUCAAAUAAAAAAAGAAAGGGAGAAAAGAAAAAGUGUUGGUCAGUUACCAGUACAUUUCUAUCCUAUAGAAGAUAAUGAAGAUUUGUUAUGGGAUGUGAAAACACCAUCCAAAGCUCCAGCACCAGGAAUUUCAGAGGCUAUGUCUCGGAUAGAAGCAAAUCAAACAGAAUCUGAACCGCCAAAAAGAGCUCCAUUGUUAUCUGCCAAAAAUAGAUCAAAAUCUAUGGGCAGUGCAUUCACAGGAUCAGGAGUGUCUAUAUUGACUGACAGAGACAAGGAAGAGAAGCAUACAUCUUAUAAAUCAAAAACAGAAAACAGAAGUAGUCGGACAUUAGACGAAAAUCAUAAUGCUGAAAAACCACCAAAUCAAAGUGCAAGAAGAUUAUCUAAUAAAUUCAGUAGUAUGUUGAAAAGUUUUGAAAGUAAGGAAGAUAAUGAUACAUCAAAGGUGUAUGAAAAACCACCAAGAAAAACAUUUGAAUUCAGUGUUGACUCCAAAUCGGAUAAAUUUAAGGAUCCUAAAAUUUUAGAUACACAAACUGCUAGAUCCACAUUACAGCCGAAAAAGAAGGCAGAGCCAACUAGACCGAGGAAUUAUAUUGAAAAGGAUAUUAAAAUAAAGCAAAAGGCACACAAUCCAAAAGGUUUUGGAAUAACUGUUAUUGGUGGACAAGACAAGAAACAGCCAGUGAUUAUUGAUAAAGUUAACUUAGGUAGUGCUGCAGAUGUAUGUGAAGUACAAGCCAAAGACGAAAUCAUUUCUGUAAAUAACCGUGAUAUCGGCAUCAUGACACAAGCCAUGGUUCGUAAGGUCAUUGAUGAUGCUAACAAGAAAGGAGAGUUAGAAAUCCGUGUUAGGAGAUAUAACGCAGAGGACUCCGAAGAAGAAGAAGAAGAAGAAGAAGAAGACGAGGAUGAUGAUGAUGAUGAUGAUGCUUUCCAUCCUUCUAUAAAUUCCUCUGUAGAACCUGACACCUCCUACACUACAAAGUCAACAUUCAAAUCUUCACGGACAUCAUCUAGGGUAUCCCAGUCUCCGUCAACUCCUGAAACUACACAGAGAACAAGAUCAUCCUAUCAAACAUCAUCUUUAUCUCGUAGAACAGAAUCACCAUCUUCCCAAGAUUCACCACAAAGGUCACAUGACCCUUCACCAUCUGCUAGAACUACAGAGUCUUCCGCUACAGAUGAAACACCACGGUUUGCAAGAUCUACCCAUGAAUUCUCUGCAAGAACUAGACCAUCUCCAGAGAAAACUAUUGAGAGUGCUCCUCCAAAGGAGGAAGUUAUAACAACAACAGUCACAAAAGUCAUAGAAUCCUCACCAAAGACAAAUGAGAUGGAUACAUCACUACCACCGUAUCAACGAAGGAGGCAAAGGAAUUAUAAUUUUAAUUCUCAAGAAGACACUGAACCGAAGACAAGUAUACUGACAGAAUUAGGACGUGAAAAAGAAUGGAUCAUGGAGCAAAUGUCAGGGGCAAAAUCAUCUACAAAUGAAGAGAAACACACAGAAAGAGAAGAGGCUGCAAUAGAAGAGCAGAUUAUUCCACAAACUAAACAUACUGAGGAGUCUUCUUACCAUAGGACAUACACAUCAUAUAACAAGACUGAAGAAACAGUCACAAAAGAGGAACCAGUUUUACAACAGAUCUCCCCAUCAUAUGAAAAGAUAGAGGAAGAAAAACCUACAAUAAGAGUUCAAAGGUCAAGACCACCAGAAGAGGAUACUUCUCGGAGAAUUAGAGAAAUUCCUGUUACCAGAACAACAAAGCCUGAAGUGAACCACAUAGAACUUCCUGUACAUACAAAUCAUAGAGAAGAUAGAAAUGAUGAUCUUAGUCCCAGCCAAUCAUCUGGUGGCUUUGGUCCACCAGAAAUUCUGCGAAGAUGGCAAAGACCUCGUCCACGGUCAGAAUAUUCUAGUAGCAGUAGUAUUAAUAAUGAUGACAAAAGAUUAAGUGCUGCCUCUUUAGAUUCUACUGCAUCUUCUCCCCGAUUUCCUGAAGAUGAUAUUGCACAGAAUCAUAUAAAUGGUGGUAAACCCCAUGCAGUAGUUGGUCAGCCUGUCAUAUUAGAAUUUACACAAGAACCUUCAAUGCAGACUUUCAAUAUGUCUGCCCCUUCUCAGACCACCAAUGCCUCUGGUUCAUCACUGGUCAUAGACCCCAGAAACAGAGUUGAUGAAAGUGAUAUAAGUCUUCCACAGUACAACUUCCAUUUCAACAUUGGAGACAACAAGAAUUCCAAAGAAAAAGACCAGUUACAAUAUGACCUUGAAGCUGAAAGGGAGAGAAUUAGGCAGGAAGAAAAGGAAAGGAUGGAAUACGAAAGGAGACAAUGGGAGGAAGAAGAACAAAGAAGAUUCCAAGAGAAAGAGGCACAAUUGAGGGAGGAAGAGGAGAAACUUCAAAGAGAAAAGCAAAGAAUUGAGGAAAUGAAAGCAUCUAUGGAACGUGAAAAGAUGGAAUUAAGUAAACAGCAAAAUGAUAACAGGAAUAGUGACCAAUAUAAUAAUUAUGGUGAUAAUAAAUAUGGAAGUGAUAGAUAUUCAAGGACAAGGCCAGAAAAUCAUCACUUUUCUGCCUAUGCUAAUUCAAAUUCCACACCAAGAACAUUAGAUACUUCUUCCUCAUGGAGAUCUAGUCAGCCAAAAGAGGAACCACAGCAACGAGAAAAUUUGUCAAGAGAGGAUAUGUUGGUAAUGAAUAGGACGGCAAAGCCUUUCAGUAGGCGGCCUGAAAAUGAACAGUCAAAUAAUGCAAAUGAUAAUCAUGUUCAAAGAGACACUUUAUCUAAAGAGGAUAUACAUGGUCUAAACUAUGCUCCAAAACCAAAAAUUCGCAGUUCACAAGACUGGAUACAAAAUAGUGAUAGUGGAAGUAAACAUUCUUCAAGAUCUGAAAGCCCAAAUGAACAUUGGUUAAUAGAAGAGGCUGAAAGACGGAGAAAGUCAGGUCAUGCUCCUGGCUAUCAACCAGGACCAAUUCAACCAAAGAGUGAUAAUUUAUCUAAUCGUUGGCAGAAUGACAGACAUGGUCAGCCACCUCGGUCACUGUCCCCUCAGAACACGAGGAGUUAUGAAGUUAAACAGUUUAGUGCUAAAUCUCAGAACAAAUUGAAUCAGACUCUUCCAGCAAAUUUUAAUAUUGGAAAUAUCAAACCAAAACCGAUGCCUCCUGUACCACCGAAGCCAGGUCGUAACUCUAACAGCAAUUUCUCAUCAUCAACUAGAACCUCACCUAACAUAUCAUCACCCACGUCACCUUCAUCACCCAAAAGUCAUGCUGAACAGGUUGUAGCAGUCAGUGGUAAACAGCUUUGUUCACACUGUAGUGAAGAGCUCGGUUUUGGAGCAGCCAUGGUGAUAGAGUCUCUAGGGUUAUACUACCAUGUACAGUGUUUUAGAUGUUGUGUAUGUCACUCGACCCUUGGUAAUGGAGUACAAGGGGCUGAUGUGAGAGUUAGGGUCAACAAAUUACAUUGUCGCAAUUGUUAUAGUAAUGAUGAAGCUGGAUUGAAAUUUAGCAAAGUUUGAUAGAAAACAGCAUAUAACCAUGACAACUGCAUUUGAAAAAAAUAUGAUAAAUCAUAUAUAUAUGUAAUAUGAUAAAUCAUAUUUAUAUGUUAUUGGACAUAGUCAACAUAGAUUCAUAAAAAUGUUUCUUCCAAGGGUCAGUAGAAGCUAUAGGAUUAUUCCUGUGGAUAAAUUAGAAUGAAUGUUCAGGCCAAGUUGGAGUCAUGUGAUAUCACCAGUAGUUGUUGAUCACGCUGUAAAAACGCAACAAAUCAGACAUAUUUAAGAACAAAAAUUAGAGGACAAAAACGACAUUCUGCUAUUUAUACUGAUGACAGCUUCUAUGCUAUUCUGAAAAAGUAUACUUAUACAAAACAUAAAUUAGACAUCAAUUUAAAUAAAAACAAUUUGUUACAUAUAAUAUAAAAUGCCAUUUGAUAAGAUGACAACAAAACAUAUAUAUCUAGAUCUGAGAGUUGCAUAUUUAAUGACAUUAUCAAAGAAGGGAUUCAGAAUAUAAUAUAUUUAAACUCCCUGUUUCUCAAUGGUGAUAUUCACUGAUUGAUAGCAACCCACACGUAAUCUGAUCAAUAGUAUUUUAUAAGUAAUGUUAGUUCACAUACUCUUAUAAUCUGUGGGUCCAUACCCCACUAAGCUUCAUUUCAUUGCUUUGUCAUAAAUUAACUAGUAAUUAAACAGGAGUUUAGUUUAUUUUGAAAUCCAGAAAUUUCCCCAGACUUUGUAGAUGUGAUUGCAUUUUUUUUAUAAAGGAAUCUUGGGUAAAUCAUGUUAUUACAGAAACAUAAAUUAUGGCAAAAUUUAUAUCUUUAAAUUAAAAUAACAAUUGAAAAAAAAUAGUGAAUGUUCUGCACUGUGGUAAAAAAAAGAACUUCAUAAUUUUUUUUUUAAAAUGGCUAUAUCAUAUAUAUGUGUUAACUAAUAGAAAGAAAACAGGAUAAAUAUAUAAAUAGUUAUUUGAUAUAGAUUUAUAAAUAGAGAUAACAAAAUCAUUACUUUACAAGGGUCAGUUCAUGCUUCAUUUCCUGUGAAAUAUUUCAGAUUGUUAUAAAUAUGGAUGCAAUAAAAAUUGUAUGUGCCUUCAUCUUUAUCAUUGAAAUUGUUUGUUUUGUGUUUAAUUGAUGACUUUUUGUGUUUGAACUGAUGAAAUGUUGGAUGUUAAUUAAGUGAAAACACAGCGUUAUGUAAAAAUAUAUAAUCAAAUAUGUGUUAUGUCCAAUUUAGUGACUGUAGGUGCAUAUAUAUAUAUAAAAGUGUCAAAUGAAACUCUUGUUAGCUGUGAUCAAAAGUGAGAUGUGAAUUUUUUUUACACAAACUGUAUAAUUCUGUAAAAUGUUUUAGUAUAUAUCAAUAUAUUCAUGAUUGUGUCUCCAUUUUAACUCCCUUCUACAUAGAGUCAAUUUUAUAAGUAGCAUUGUAUGUAUAUUUAAUUGUACUAAAAUAACAUUCCUUUUAAUAUAUAUUGUUUAAAUGGGAAGCUGCAAUCCACUUUGUGUCCAUAUAUUUGAUGUCUGUGCAAAUGAAUGAUUGUGUGUAACGAUUGUUUUUAAUUGAGUUCAAAGCUGUAGGAAAUUUGUUUUUUAGAAUAUAUUUUUCUUAUUAAAUAUAAGUGCUUAUGUCUUGGAUGAUAGUUUGCAAGAGAAAGGGAAAUGUGAUUUUGGGGUCUUAGAACAAAAAUAAUUUGUUAUUGAACAAAUGCAAUGUUAGGGUUUUGGCUCUAUAAAUCAAUAUAUGUUUGUUUUCUUAAUCAUGAUAUAUGGAUUGGUAUUGAAAAAGAAUAUAUAAAAUCCAAUUUCUGUCCUCAAUGAUCAUUGGUAAAUAGACUAAAUACGAUGCAAAAUUACUUGUUACAACAUAUUAGUCUCUUUAUAGUAACAAGAUUUCAAAAUGAAAAUAAAAAGAAGUAAAAAACUGUGCAGUUGCUAAAUUUCUAAAAUAGUUUUGCUCUUUUUAUGAAGUAAACAUAGGAGUUUUUAAGUAAAAUUUAUUGACUUAGUAUACAGUUUUAAUGAACUAUAUCAAGGUGACAUUAGUUGUUUCAAAGAGUUGUAUGAGCGAUUGGAAGUUAACAAGGUGUUAUGAGUGAGAAAUGAAUGAUGAUAUGUCUGUAUGUAUAUCGAAAUAUCUGUGAGAGUUUGCAACAUAAAUGUACAGUUCAAAUAGUGACAAAUUGCUAUUAAGGUUUUGCAGUAUAGUUCACAUAGAAUAUGUAUCCAUGACAUUGUAAUUAGAGGUGUUAUAUAUAUGAGAAACUAUGACAGUGGUCAGGAACUAACUUAUUUUGUUAUGACCAACAAGAAUUUGCUACAUUUAAGAAAUUAUUAUUUUGUUGCUUAAAGGUGAUAAAUCCUCAUUAUUGAAAAAAAUGGGUUCAUUAUAUAGGUUAUUACUUAAUUUGAUUUUUCAUUUGUUAGGAUGACAUCCAUAUCACAACAAACUAUAGUUGUAUGCUAUUUCAGUCAAAUUUAGAAAUGAAAUAUACUACAGUAUUUAGCUAAGUUGUUGGAAUAGAAUUUCAAAGUUUCUUGUAGAAAUUUUAUCCAUUUUUCUCAUUUAUCGUUUGUUCCUGUAGAAUCAGGAUGUCAUUGUCUCUGAAUCUUGAUUUUUUGAAAGAAUAUACAAUUUACUGAUCUGAUUUUAUAAAACUGGAAUAUCUGUAAUUGCACUGGAUUUGAACAUUGAAAUAUAAAUAUUAUUUGAAGUUAAAUGAAACAGAAUGUAGACAUUGUUGUAUCAUCUAUCAGUUUUUAAAAUUCAGUGCUUCGUUUAGUUAAUUAUCUCAAAGAACACUUCUGUAAGCAUUCAGGAGUAUACAUUUAUUUUGGAUUGUAUACAAUGUACCAGAAUCUGGAAUCACUACUGGUCAUUAAACAUAUUAGUGGAAGUUUUCCUUUAAAAUAUCAAGAUCGCUUUAUAUAUCAUGCAUUGCCAUAGAACAAUUUAUGUAUUGGCUUAUUUAUUAUUAAUAUAAAUAUUGUUAUAAUUAAUUACAAUCAGAAGCUUGCUGACAUAGUGCAGCAAUAAAUAUUGCAAAUAAUAUCAAAUACAUUUUAUGUAUGAAUAAUAAUAAAAUGUAUAAACAAAGUA